UCGCGAUCUCUUCAUGCCUUUCGUUUGGCAUUCAACAGAGGGGAUCUUCGAAGUCGGAUUAAUUAUGCGUCUUUGGCUCUCAGUGGCUUUGGACCUUCAUCGGACGAUGAUGACAAGAAAAAUGACUCGCCUGUCGAUUCAUCGGCAGCCGCUCAAAGUAACUUGACAUUACUUCUCCGGAAAUCUAAAACUCCCUCCCCACCUGACCUUCAGAUACAACCACCGACUCCACAAGCUACAAUUAAUGCGAGUUUCCCGCAAAUAAGGACCAAUGAUGAUGAUAAUUCGAAUCGCAAACGCAAAGAAGAGUCCAGGCCAUUAUUGCCUGAGAAUCGUGUUAACAGUUAUGGAAGUAGAGAUCCUGUCGAUGAUCUCGCUCUUAUCGAAGAAAGUGAUUGGGGAUGGCUACCUUGUUUUGGUGAUCAUUCACUUAUACCACAUCACGGUAGAGAAGAAUGGUCAAGGCCAAGAAUACAAAUCACGCCCAAGAACUUUUUCCAAAUUUUUAUCUUGAAUCCAAUAUCAUACAUACCCGCUGUUAUCCUCGGAUUAUUGUUAAACUUACUAGACGCUAUAUCGUACGGUUUGAUCACAUUUCCCAUAAACAAUCCAAUAUUCGCUGAUCUGGGGCCGGAUGGAAUAUCCAUGUUUUUCGUUAGGGCAGAAAUUAUAGUAAAUGAAAUUGGCGAAGAUAAACAAGCCAUCAUCGCCACGACCAUAUUUUCGUUUGCAUUAAGUUCGGUACUCACUGGUGUUGUCUUUUUGCUGCUUGGAGCUUUCAAGCUUGGAUCUUUGAUUGAAUUCUUUCCGCGUCAUAUUCUUGUGGGAUGUAUCGGCGGAGUUGGAUGGUUUUUGGUCGCGACCGCUAUCGAGGUUUCCGCCCGUCUUGACAGCAACUUGACUUUUAGCUAUGAAAUGUUUCGUACACUUUUCCUCGACCUUCAUACCCUUAGCUUGUGGAGUUCGGCAUUGAUUUUGGCGUUGAUUUUGAGAUCAAUACAACACAAA